GCGGGUCUUUCAGACCUUCCAGUGGCCUCAGGUGCCCGGGCGGCGUCUGGACUGACCUUGGGCUACUGGCAGCUCCCGACCGGCUCACGCGGUGGGAGGGGCGGUCGAGGAAAGGGGCCGCAGCGGAGACGCGUGGGGGAGGCCGGAGAAUCUUUUCAAAGAAGAAUGGAGGAAAAUAUGAAGCUUGCUACAGUGGAAGACACUGUGGAGUAUCACCUAUUCCUGAUACCCGAUGAACCAAGGGACCCAGAAAAACACAAAGAGAUUCUUCAAAAGUAUAUUGAGAGGAUAAUGACUCAGUUUGCACCUAUGCUGGUCCCCUAUAUCUGGCAGAAUCAGCCUUUCAAUCUUAAAUAUAAACCUGGGAAAGGAGAUGUUCCUGCUCAUAUGUUUGGCAUGACAAAGUUUGGGGAUAACAUUGAAGAUGAAUGGUUUAUUGUUUAUGUAGUAAAGCAAAUUACAAAGGAAUUUCCAGAGUUAGUAGCAAGGAUUGAAGACAAUGAUGGUGAAUUCUUGUUAAUAGAAGCUGCUGACUUUCUCCCUAAAUGGUUGGAUCCUGAUAAUAGUGCCAAUAGGGUGUUUUUCCACCAUGGAGAAUUGUGCAUUAUUCCUGUACCAAGGAAACCUGGAGCAGUGUCCUGGUUACCUUCCACACCCCCAACAAUCCCGCAAGCAUUGAAUAUAAUCUCAACACACCCAGAAGAAAUUUUGGCUUCAGAAUCUAUACGAGCUGCUGUCAAUAGGCGCAUCAGAGGAUACCCAGAAAAAACUCAAGCCUCCCUUCAUCGUGCGCGCUGCUUCCUUCCAGCUGGCAUUGUAGCGGUGUUAAAGCAGCGCCCCCGAUUGGUGGCUGCGGGAGUCCAGGCGUUUUACCUGCGGGACCCCACUGACCUGCAAGCCUGCCGCGUUUUCAAGACUUUCUUGCCUGAAACACGAAUAAUGACAUUGGUGACUUUCACUAAAUGUCUAUAUGCACAGUUGGUACAACAAAGAUUUGUGCCAGACCGACGGAGUGGAUACAAGAUGCCUCCUCCAUCUCAUCCUCAAUAUCGAGCCCAUGAAUUGGGCAUGAAGUUGGCUCAUGGAUUUGAGAUCUUAUGCUCUGAAUGUAGCCCACAUUUUUCUGACUCCAGGAAAUCCUUCAUGACUACCUCACCACUUUGGGCUGGCUUCCUUGAAAGCCUGAAAAAGAAUGAUUACUUUGAGGGACUGAUAGAAGGUUCUGCUCAGUACCAGGCAAGGCUAGAAAUGGCAAAGAACUACUUCCAACUUUCAGUUAACCGACCAGAAAGCUCUCUUGCUAUGAGCCCAGGUGAAGAAAUCUUAACCUUAUUACAAACUGUACCAUUUGAUAUAGAAGAGCUUAAGAAGGAAGAAGCUAAUCUUCCCCCAGAAGAUGAUGACCAGUGGUUAGAUCUCUCACCAGAUCAACUGGACCAGCUACUGCAGGAAGCUGCUGGCAAAACAGAAGCAGAGCCCAUUUCCAAGGAGGAGCAGAACUACGACUUAAGUCAAGUCUCAGAAAGCAUGAAAGCUUUCAUUUCCAAAGUUUCAACCCACAAAGGAGCAGAGCUACCUCGAGAAACUUCUGAGGCUCCAAUCACUUUUGAUGCAGAGUCUUUUCUUAAUUAUUUUGACAAGAUUUUAGGUCCAAGUCCUCAUGAAUCAGACUCCGAUGAUCUGGCUGAGGAAGACUUUGAAUGUUUGGAUAGUGAUGAUGACUUGGAUCUUAAAACCCAGGAGACUGGGGAAGAAGCAUCUGUAAAAGGAACUCUUAAUAAUCUCAAGUCAUACAUGGCCCAGAUGGACCAGGAAUUGGCACAUACCAGCAUUGGCAAAAGUUUCACCACCCAGAAGCAAAUGGAACCUCUAUCCCAGACUACCAAUAAUUCAGAUGAGGAAGAUUCUGGUGCAGGCGGAUCUGUUAUGACACCAGUGGAUAUAGACCUGAACCUGGUUUCAAAUAUACUGGAAUCCUAUAGUUCCCAAGCUGGACUGGCAGGACCUGCGUCCAACCUUUUACAAAGCAUGGGAGUACAGCUGCCUGAUAACACUGAUCACAGACCCACAAGUAAGCCAACACAAGAUUAGCCAGCACACCUAGCCUCUCUUUUUUUCUUCUUAAAUAAAUAUUGAGUCUCACUGUGCUCCUGUCUAGUUUAGAUGACUCAUUUAGUAAAAAUGUUUCUUCAGUACAAGUUUCACAGGCUAACUUCUCCUCUGUGAGCCCCAAAUGUCCAUUCUGCAUAAGUCUUUGUGAUCUCCGCUGAGGUACAUUACAAGGUUUUGAAGUCAGCAGAAGAGAGAAAAAUCAAGCCCCUGGACAGCCCCUGAGAGAUUUACACACUCCGUGUUUAGAACAUUAAGUUUAUCUUUAUUGAGGAUUAAAGGAAAAGAAAGGAGGGUGAUAGGCAAAAAUGAGAAAUGAAUGAGUUGCUUUUUUAUUCCAGUUACCAGAAAUGACCUUUAGCCAGGCUCACUCUGGUGACAAAUACAUUUGUUUUAAUGUUUUACCUGUUUUUGCUCUUCUGCUUCAUGGACUGAGUGGGCUCUUUUUCUCCUUACCACCUUCAUCACUCAUUGCCACAUGAAUAUUGUCCAGCCAGGUAAUCCCUGUACCAAAGUUCCUUUUAUUUAUCUGCCAUUUUCAGUACCCCAACCCUGCCCUUUUUGCCUCAGCUUUCAGGUAUCCUUGGAGUUCUAAGAAGCAAAGCCCUCCUCCCACUCACUGCCAGGAAAUAAAGUUCAGUGUCACAGCUCC